CUGGCAGCCGGCUGCACUUGCAGGCGACGGAAUGGGCCACCGCAUGGCCAGGGCAGCGGCAGCAGACUGAGCAGAGCAGCAGCAGCACAGCAGCAGAUGAGAGGUGGAGGCGCAGGCAAGCGACUAGGCUGCUUCGAGCGACCCAAGGACAGGGCCGCCGGGAGCUGGUGGGCCUGGGGACUGCUGGGAGCCUGGGCAUGGUCUAGUCGUGUCGGAUGCGUCGCGGCGGGCAGUGGGCAGUCAGUCAGCACUCAGCAGUGGGCUCGGUGGCCCGCCGGGCUUGGGAGUUGGGGCUCGUCUUUGAGCGCUGGGCAUGGGGAAGCCUGA